AUGUUCAAAGAUGCACACCAAGGCGAAUCGUCGCACGAGCUGGAUCAGCUGGGCCAGCCGACCAACAGGGAGAAACCGCGUGGUAGCAGGACCCCAGAUGCCCGGAGCCUGCAAGAGCACGCACACCCAUCAUCGAGUUCCACGGACUCGGAUUCAUCCUCCGAGACAAGCCUCCCUGGCACGGACAUCACCCGGCGGACAUCCUCCGCCACCGUGCGGAGCGACAAGAAUCGCUCUGCAAUAGCACGGCUAUGGCGUGAGCACGUCAAUGUUGCGGUCGAUCACAAAGCAUGUCGUGACCACCUAGCUCUGGAGCGCACGUACUUGGCCUAUCUCCGCACGUCUGUGAUGCUAGCCAACGUCGGUGUUCUAGUUGCCCAACUGUUUGCUCUGCAGCAGUCUGAUGAAGGCUUUGGAUACUCAGCCAUAGGCAAGCCGAUGGCCAGUGUAUGCUUUUCUGCCGCCAUUGUCACCAUUCUGCUCGGCACUGCACGAGCCUGGCGGUUCCGCAAAGCACUGAUCAACGGCAAAGCCCUGUCAGGAGGCUGGGAGAUGAUGUCUAUUGCCGUGGGCUUUCUAGUGAUCACGGGCCUUUUCUUUGGUUUCCUCGUCGCCAUCGAUGUCGUGAAAUCCUCAAAGGCACCCGUCUCUUCUUGA